CCUUUCAGGCAUUGGCUCUGUUAUGGGAUACAUGUGUUCCUGGCUUCCAGAUGUUUAUUCUCUGUGUAUUUUGACUUAAUUCUCGAAAUUCCGAUUUGAUUCCUAAAAUGUCUACUUUAAACUUGGGCAGUUUGGGUGCUGUCAUGACAUCUGAUAAGAGCGUCCCAAUGAUUUCUGAGAUGGACCAGAACUACGAGGAAUGGAUGUCAAGUUUACCUGCGGAGCUGUGGGAAGUCCCCAUUACAAGCCUCGCUAUACCUGGAAGUCAUGAUGCAAUGAGCUACUGUCUAGAUAUCACUUCCCCGCUCGUGGGGUCUGAGUCGGACGCUUUCAGGCUUCUGGACGGACUGUUCUACUGUGUCACGCGUCCUGCUAUCUUCAGAUGGACUACAACUCAGGAUAAAUGUAUUGUGGACCAACUUUCAAUGGGAAUUCGAUACUUUGAUUUUCGGAUUGCCCACAAACCCAAUGACCCACCUGACACCUUGUACUUCACUCACAUCAUAUAUACUUACGUGACUGUCCUGGCAGCAUUGAGUGAAGUUGUCGAAUGGUUGGAGUCUCACCCUAAGGAGGUGGUGAUCCUAGCCUGCAGACAUUUUGAAGGCCUGAGUGAAAAACUCCACGAGACAUUCAUUUCAUCACUGAAGACAUUAUUUGGCCCUAAACUCUGUCCUUGCAAGGAGGCAACCGUGACCUUGAGGAGCCUGUGGGCAUCUGGGCACCAGGUCCUUCUGUCCUACGACUCCCAGUGUGCAGCCCGACACCCAGAGCUGUGGCCGGCCAUCCCUUACUUAUGGGCCAAUAAGCCCUCAGCAGAGGAGCUGGAGAGCUACUUAGACUGGCAGAAACAACUCGGCCGUCCAGAAGGGUUGUUUGUUGCCGGUCUGAACCUGACCGCAAGCCGGGCUCACAUCGCCCUGCACCCAGGACAGUCCCUGCGGACUUUGACCAAGCAGAACUGGGACAGUCUGGAGAGCUGGCUGGGGAAGCAGACCCCUGGUCCACACCCACAAGGCCUCAACAUCAUCGCUGGGGACUUUGUGGGGCCACUCCCAAUCGGUCCUCUGGUCAUUGCACUUAACAAAAAACUCUUGAGACAAAAGCCUGACUAGGUUUGGGACCAGAUUGAUGUUUGGUGCAAUGCCUGGCCUUCAGUGUGCCUUACAGUCCUUCUAAUAUAACCUAUAUAUACACUGUACCUCCUAUACCGUAUCCUUUCUAUGUAAAAGUACACAUGUGCAUAUUUAGCACAGAUGUAAAGAAAUAUAUGUGCAAUAAGCCUCUGCAGUGAAGAGCCUUUUUUUUCCUAAAAAGAAUUCAAGCUGCAGGGGGAUUCAUAUUUAGAAGGAGUAAUGGAAACGUCUUUGCUUUUUAGCCAUAGGUCUUAGUGUAUAUUUCUGUAGAGUAUUCUGACCCAACAAGCCUACUUCAGAACGUCCAUUUCACUGGUACAUGACAAUUAACAGAGGUUUCAAAUGAAAUUAUAUACUUGAGCUAUUGUAUGCAAAAUACAUUGUUACUUUACUGUUUUUCAAAGAUAUACAAUAAAUACAUCUUAUGAUA